AUGAUCCAAAAAGAUCUUGUAUUUUUAAGAUCUUUCCUAGAAAAUAUCAAGGAGCAGCGCUAUCAGAAUGGAAAACUUCAAGCUUUCUGGAGUCAUGUUAUGGAGGCUGCUUACAAGGCAGAGUUACUGAUUGACUUGGCACUUGUUGGUGAUAAAUGUGAAGAUUCUUUGGAUGCUGUUUCUAGAGAUAUCAAUCUUUUGAAGAUUGGUGCCCCUGAGAUCCAUAAUGGUCAAACCCAAAGAGUUAACAAGACUUCCCUUCACAUACCAUCACAACUUGCUGCCGCCAUGCACGACGAAGAUCUGGUAGGUCUUGACGACGAGGUGGAAACUAUUACUCAUCGGCUUACGAGAGGAUCAAAGCAAUUGAAUGUUGUUCCCAUUGUGGGUAUGUCUGGCCUUGGGAAGACCACAUUAGCCAAUAAAGUUUAUACUGCUCCUUCAGUUAGGUCACAUUUCCAUGUUCGUGGUUGGUGUCGUGUUUCUCAAACAUAUAGCAUACGCAGUAUGUUAGUUGAGCUUUUGUGUAGUAGUUCUUCUGAGAGUUCUAAUGGAUAUCUAAAGAUGGAUGAAAAUGAUUUGGUCAUGAAGCUAAGGCAGGUUUUGUUGAGAAGUAGGUAUCUCCUUGUUUUGGAUGACUUGUGGGACGUUGAGGCAUGGAAUUUGUUGGAAAAAUCACUGCCGAAUGAUGCCAAUGGAAGCAGGAUUCUCUUCACCAGUAGAUACCAGGAUUUAUCUUUGCAUUUUGAACCUAAUAGCGAGCCUCACCAUCUCCGCCAUCUUACUGACGAAGAGAGUUGGAAAUUGCUGCAGAGAAAGCUAUUUGGCACGGAAGAUUGUCCUGCAACACUAAGUGAAGUUGGAUCUCAAAUAGCAAAACUUUGUCAGGGCUUACCCCUCGCAGUUGUUCUUGUUGCUGGAAUUCUUGCUACUACUGCACAAGAUAGUUGGGAAGAAGUUGCAAAAAGUCUAAGUUCUAUUGUCCUUGAGGAUGAAUACUGCAAGAAGACACUUGAGCUGAGUUAUAGUCAUUUACCAAAUUAUUUGAAGUCAUGCCUUCUGUACUUUGCUGCAUUUCAAGAAGAUGAGGUUAUUAAUGUGCAAAGGUUGUUAUGGCUUUGGAUUGCUGAAAGAUUCGUUCAACAGGCUGGAGGAAAGAGCUUAGAGGAAGCAGCUUAUGACUACUUGAUGGCUCUAAUUAAUAGAAGUUUAGUUAUGGUUAUCAGACAGACAAUUGUGGGUGGUGCCAAAGCCUGCCUACUUCACGAUUUGGUAUACGAGUUUUGUGUGGAAAAAGCCAAAGAAGAAAGUUUUCUUUACGUUAUUCAUAAUUGGAAAGCCCCUCUUAGUCUUACUGGGCCAAGCAACCCCUACCGAGUUUGUGUUCCCAAUACCAGAGAAUCGAAGAUUUGGGAGUUAAUGCUUAUUUUUCCCAAUUUACGCUCUUUGAUCUUGUUUGGAGAAGAUGAUUUUAAACAUGAAGAGGAGGAUUUGGGUAUUUUGUUACCUAAACUUCUCAGAGUGUUGGAUUUUGGGAAUUCGGACUUUCGUUAUUCUUUUCCAAGGGAAGUAGUAUUGCUUGUUCACUUGAGAUACCUGGCACUCACAGGAAUAACAUACAUCCCAUCUGCGAUAGCCAAUCUCUCAAGGUUAGAAACUCUUAUUGUAGAAGAUGCGAAUUUUGAUAUUGAGCUGCCAAGUACCAUUUGGAACAUUAAGACAUUGAGUCAUCUACGUGCUUUAACUUAUCCUGGAGUAGCCCCAGAUGGUUUUACUUUUCCAGUCGGAAGUCUUGAAGUAUCCCCAAAUUUAGAUCAUUUAGACACUUUAGACCUUGCCAUUGAUCCCUCCCCUCAAAUCUUGCAAAAGAUACCGAGAAAGUUACCAAGCAUUCGCAGGCUAAAAUGUAGGCAAAGCUACGGAUCAAGAGAAGCUACCAGAAAUUGCAACGAGAUUCUUGAAUUUGAUGGUUUGAGUCAACUGGAAUCACUUCAUUUGUUUGGUUUUCGUGGAUGUGGAUUUAAAUUCCCAUUGAAUUUGAAAAAGUUGGCUCUCUCAUAUAAUGGUCAGCCAUGGAGUGAAAUUUCAACAAUUGGAAAGUUGCCCAAUCUUGAAGUGCUUAAAUUACUUGAUCGCUGCUUUGUUGGGGAAGAAUGGGUAAUGAAAGAGGGGGAGUUCCCUAAACUCCGAGUCUUAAAAUUGUCAAGGUUGAAAUUUCGCAACUAG